AUGGAAAUGAUAGGUUCUGUAUUGAAUUCAAUGAACUUUUAUGAAAUUAAAAGACCUUUAUGGCAAUUAUUCGAUAAACUUGUAACUUACUUAAUGCAAGGAAAAUUUUCACCAGGGAAAUUCAAUUUUAAAGUAAAUGAGGUACCAUUAAGUAGCUCAAAUACUGUUUUAUUAAUUAUUUCCCUUUAUUAUACACUUAUAUUUGGAGGACAACAUGUAUUGAAAGGUACAAAGUCAUUCAAGUUAAAUGCACUAUUUCAGUUGCAUAAUUUUUUUUUGACAACUGUAUCAUUGAUCCUUUUAAUAUUAUUAUUAGAACAGAUUAUUCCAAUAAUUCAUAAAAAUGGUCUAUUUUUUGCUAUCUGUGAUGCAGGUGCGUUAACACAACCAAUAAUGACAAUCUAUUACAUAAAUUAUUUAAUAAAGUAUUUUGAAUUCUUGGACACAUUUUUUUUAGUUUUAAAACAUAAAAAGUUAACUUUCCUACAUACAUAUCAUCAUGGAGCUACUGCUUUGCUUUGUUAUACUGAAUUAGUUGGAUAUACAACAAUAUCAUGGGUUCCGAUCUCUUUAAAUUUGGCAGUUCAUGUAUUGAUGUACUGGUAUUACUUUCUUUCAGCUAGAGGGAUUAGAGUAUGGUGGAAACAACUGAUUACAAUUUUUCAGAUUUUACAGUUUAUUUUAGAUCUUGCUUUCAUUUAUUUUUCUACUUACACGAAAUUAGUGCAUUAUUCGGGAAUUGAUUUACCUUAUUGUGGAGACUGUUUUGGUUCUGUUACAUCUAAUUUGGCAGGUUGUUUUAUUAUUUCAUCCUAUUUGUUUUUAUUUAUUUCAUUUUACAUUGAAACUUACAGACAUAAAUCGACAAAAGUAUAA